AUGCCUGCCAUUGCUGAUAAAUUAGAACCUUUAUCUGUUGGCACCACUGGCAGAAGGUACGAACUCGUUGAGGAUGUGGUUAUUGAGGUGUCAACGCAAUUCAAGUUGGAAAGCUACAGUGCCCCCAACUCGGCUUAUUCAUCCCCUCCGUUGGGCAGUGGUGCGGCAGCAAAAAAGAAAGUCCAUGAUGGGGGGCGGGGGCUGAAUCGGAGCAAAUCCUGUGGUGAAGGAAGGGGUAGGGCACUGCCGCAUGGUCUUAUUGAGAAUAGAGUAAUGAUAUGGGAGAAAGGGCAUAAGCACAAAACAGAGGAGGGGAAAGCGAGGCGUUUCAGAUGUGGGGCACUGUGCUUGUUGCUACCAGUGCUGGGAGGGUUGGGGUUUAAGGUUGGGAAAGGGAAGGAAGAGAGAAAGGAAGAGGUAGAGGAAGGUGAGGAGGGAGGUGGGUGUAUAUCCAUUUCCAUAAGUCACAGUCGAGUUUCUUUGGAAAAAUUCGAAUGUGGCUCGUGGGCUUCGUCGGGCAUGGUGGCUCAUGAAGAUGGGGAAUCGAUGUCAGGGAUGGGGAGCCUUUAUUUUGACCUGCCAAUGGAAUUGAUAAGGAACAGCGUGGGUGCACGAACACAAUCACCAGCACAGACCGCGUUUGUAUUCGAUAGAGAUGGGGUGGGAGUUCAUCAUCUUCCUGUGUGGACCAAAGCAAAAUUGGCGGAGGAAUCGGGAGCUGCAUCUCCCUGCGUCAUUACCCCACGCUUGCGCAGAGCCAGAGAAGAGUUCAAUGCUCUUUUGGAGGCCCAUUGA